UCGGAUUUGGGGGAAAUUCGCCAAGGUUGAAAAUGCCUCGCUAUGAUGAUCGAUAUGGUACAACUCGCUUAUAUGUUGGUCGUUUAUCUUCACGGACACGCUCUCGUGAUUUGGAGUACCUCUUCAGCAAAUACGGGAGGUUUUCGGGCUUUUGCCUGACCUGGAGGUCAAUGGUGAUUGGUGGAAAAAUGGUGGGAAGUCUUGCCGAGUGUUAUAGGAGACUUUUGGCGAAUACUUUCCCUCUCCCUCUCUGUAGUCUUAGUUCCUGUUUUUAUGGAAUUGGCAACAUUCCAAUCCAAAUUCCAAACUGGUGUUUAGUUGGUCUUGAAGGGCGAUGUGAUGUAUGAUGCACUCUCUUCCUGUCCUUAAGUAAUGAUGCCCUUACUGUUUAUGGAAACCGUUUACGCAGAGUACGAGAUGUGGAUAUGAAGCACGACUUUGCCUUUGUUGUAUGUACCCCUCUUCUCUCCUCUUUCUCUUCCAAAAUCACUUUUUAUUUUUAUCACAUGAUUAUGUGUUUCUGGGGUUUUGUUCCCUUUUCUCUUCUUUCUUGAUUUCAAAACAACAGGAGUUUAGUGACCCUCGGGAUGCUGAUGAUGCAAGAUACAGCUUAAAUGGUAGAGACUUAAAUGGGAGUCGGCUGCUUGUGGAAUUCGCCAAGGGUACUCCACGAGGCCCAGGUGGCUCUAGAGAAUAUGUAGGAAGAGGCCCUCCGCCAGGGUCAGGGCGGUGUUUCAACUGCGGGCUUGAUGGUCACUGGGCCCGCGACUGCAAAGCGGGUGACUGGAAGAACAAAUGUUAUCGAUGUGGUGAAAGGGGCCACAUUGAAAGGAACUGCCAAAACAGCCCUAAAAAACUCAAACGUGGCAGGAGCUACUCGAGAUCACCGGUCCGAUCACGCUCUCCCCGCCGUCGCCGGAACCGCAGCCCAAGUUACAGCCGAAGCCCCAGUUACAGUCGUUCGAGGUCACCUCCUCAAAAGAAAGAGCGUGUGGAAAGGAGGACAAAAAGCCCGCGAUACUCGAGGAGCAGGAGCCGGAGUCGCAGCCCUGAGCCAUCUAAAAGAAGGAACCGUAGCCCAACACCCAAUGAAGACCGAGUUAGCCCGUCUCCUGAACGAGUUAACUCGGAGUAUAGCAUGAGCCCACAGAGGGGAAAGAGCCAGAGUCCAGGUGGCAGCCCGUCUGAAGCCAAUGGGCGUAGUAGGAGCCCUAGCCCGGUUGGUGAUGUGGGCCAGGGUGAGGGUGAGGGUAGCCCGGUUGAUGAAGAAGGUGAGGGUCCGGUUGUUGAAGGGAGCCCGAGCCCGGGUGAUGGUGAGGAAGAAAAUCGGGAGGGUAGUGAGUAGUGAGUGAUGAAACGGUGAGGGAGGUGUCUUUGUCUUUUGGUUUUAACCAAGACUUUGAAAAACUACUACAUGGCAUGUUAUGUCAUAUCUGUUUUUUUUUUUCUUGUUGAGAAAUAUGACUUAAAUGUUGAGAUAUUUACCUUUUACAUAUCCUGAAUUUUGAUGUUGGUGCA